GAAGUCCAGAACUCCAGAUUGGCAGAGUUCUCUCUCUCUCUCUCUCCUUUCUCUGCGCGAAGAUUUCCGUUCUUCGGUAUCUCAGCUUCUCCAAUCCCCACUGCCAGAGGCUUCUUCUUCAGGGCCAAUCUGCUGCCAUCAGUGCUCAAUCCCAAGCCUCAGCUAAACAAAUCGACGGGAAAAAAGUAAAAUCCCUAGAAUCCACCGGCCACAACCUCACAAAGUGGAUACGGAUACCACCUUGGGCGGCGGAGGCGGAGGAUACUGCCAGCCGGAGGAGGGUGGAAAUCCACCCACUGGGAUUUGAGAUAUUCUUCUUCCUCCUCCUCCUUCGAGCUCAUUCGAUUCGUUGGAGGUGCUUUUCUGCUUGAAUUCCGGAUUCGCGCUCCAUUAUCAGAAUCCAAUUCGUACGCCAUUGCUGUGUCCGAGAGCAAGUUUUCUUGAGCUGGUUCUGUCCCUUGUUUUUCCAAUUCACUCCAAUAUAAUUGACUCUGUUAUGUGCUUCUGAGCCAUAACCUGCUGGAGUGAAGGUCAGAAAUGUCUAUCUUCGAUGGAUUGCCUGUUUCUCGAGAAAAGGCGUAUAUAAGGGAAGAGCUUGCAAGAAUAGAUGAGAGUUGGGCGGCCGCCAGAUUUGACUCAUUACCUCAUGUUGUUCACAUUUUGACAUCCAAAGAUCGUGAGGGUGAAAUUCAAAUAUUAAGGGAGCAGAGUGAUGUCAUUGAGGAGGUUGUCGAUGGAGUGGUCCAAUCAUAUCAUAGUGGCUUCAAUAAAGCGAUUCAGAAUUAUUCACAGAUUUUGCGAUUAUUCAGUGAGUCAGCGGAAGCUAUUGGUGUACUGAAGGUUGAUUUGGCUGAAGCAAAGAAGCAUCUUGGUGCCCGCAAUAAGCAAUUGCAUCAGCUGUGGUAUCGAUCGGUCACACUACGCCACAUCAUUGCUCUGUUAGAUCAGAUUGAGAAUAUCGCCAAGGUUCCAGGUAGAAUUGAGAAGCUGACAGCUGAAAAACAAUAUUAUGCUUCAGUGCAAUUGUACGUUCAAUCUACAUGGAUGCUUGAGCGAGAGGGUCUUCAAACGGUGGGUGCUCUUCAAGAUGUUCGAUCUGAGUUAACAAAGCUGCGAGGAGUUCUUUUCUAUAAAGUCUUGGAUGACUUGCACACACAUCUUUACAACAAUGGAGAAUACAGCUCAUCUGCCUCCAUACAUGAUAAAGAUGAGGAAAUUCCGACAACUACAGCUAUUGCUCUUUCAAGCAGUUCACACCCAGUUUCCCGAAGAACUCGGCUUCUGAAGAAUGAGAGCCAACUUGGUGGCCAGGGAUAUGUGGAUGGAUCAUUUAGGUCGGCUUCCAUUGAUGGAGGGUCAUCAUAUGAUGGUCAUGAAGAUGAUGGUGCUCUUGAACUUCAUGAUGAGGCCAGCCUGGAUGGACAUCAUGCAUCAAUCAGAGUUAAUGGGGUUGAUGGUGUGAAAAUUGUUUCUCGGCAGAUUCCGACCUGGCUUUCUCAGGCAAAUCCAGAUGAAUUUUUGGAAGCAAUCAAAAAGAGUGAUGCUCCACUUCAUGUGAAGUAUUUGCAGACAAUGGUUGAGUGUCUUUGCAUGCUUGGUAAAGUUGCAGCUGCUGGUGCAAUUAUAUGCCAAAGACUGCGGUCUACAAUUCAUGACAUUAUAAUGUCCAAGAUCAAAGCUCAUGCGGCACAAGUAAAUUCUUCGAGCCCUUCCAUUGGUCAGGCAGGCCAAAGUGCUGCUACUGGACUGCACUUGAUGAAGGGACCCUUGGAAAGCUAUCAACUCUCAAAGCAGAAGCGUCAAAAUGGAACAUUGCCGGCUGGGACUCUAUUGGCUGUGAGUCCGGUAUCUCCUGUGAUGGCUCCGGCUGGGAAAGCUCAAUCUGCAGCUAAAGAGCUUCUUGACUCUAUUCUAGAUACUAUCGUUCGGAUAUUUGAAAAUCAUGUUAUCGUUGGCGAACUUUUGGAGUCGAAAGCGGCACAUCAUAGUGACAUAAAUACCCCGAAGUCAGUGCCAGCAGAUGCAAAUUGGAAUCCUGAUUCUGAGGGAUCUCAAGUCACUGGGGGCUACAGUAUUGGCUUUUCCUUGACAGUUUUGCAGAGUGAAUGCCAACAACUCAUAUGCGAAAUUCUUCGGGCUACUCCUGAAGCUGCAUCUGCCGAUGCUGCAGUUCAAACAGCUAGACUUGCAAGCAAGGCCCCAUCCAAAGAUAAGAGGGAUGGGUCAGAAGAUGGUCUCACGUUUGCUUUCCGCUUUACAGAUGCUACUUUAUCUGUUCCCAACCAGGGUUCUGAUCUUAUUCGGCAAGGAUGGAAUAGGAGGAGCUCCAAUGUGUUACAAGAAGGGUAUGGAUCUGCCGCUGUGCUGCCUGAGCAAGGAAUAUAUUUAACAGCAUCAGUGUAUCGACCUGUUCUUCAGUUUACAGAUAAGGUUGCAUCUAUGCUGCCACAAAAGUAUUCUCAGCUGGGGAACGAUGGAUUGCUGUCUUUUGUGGAGAACUUUGUCAAGGACCAUUUCCUUCCAACCAUGUUUGUAGAUUACCGAAAAGGUGUACAGCAAGCUAUAUCAAGUCCAGCUGCAUUUCGACCACGGGCGCAUGCUGCUGCUACGUAUACUCCAUUAAUUGAGAAGGGUCGACCUGUACUACAGGGGCUUCUUGCAAUAGACUUUCUAGCAAGAGAAGUAAUUGGCUGGGCACAGGCUAUGCCUAAAUUUGCUGGUGAGCUUGUGAAGUAUGUUCAAACUUUUCUUGAGCGAACAUAUGAAAGAUGCCGGACUUCAUACAUGGAGGCUGUUCUAGAGAAGCAGAGCUACAUGCUUAUUGGAAGACAUGACAUUGAGAAGCUGAUGCGACUAGAUCCCUCGAGUGCUUGCUUGCCAGAUUCACUUGAUCGGUCAAGUAUGAAUAAUAAUACUGGUGAUGCUGAAACUGCUGAAAUUGAAUUGGAACUAAGUGACAUAUUAUUGAGCUUGCGGCCAAUUAAGCAGGAAAAUUUAAUUCGUGAUGAUAACAAACUCAUAUUACUAGCGUCCCUGAGUGAUUCAUUGAAAUAUGUCGCAGAUUCCAUUGAAAGGCUGGGGCAAACAGCUGUAAGAUCAUCGAAUCAAGUGGAAGAGGAAGGAAAGAAUAGGAGACAGCCGCAUUCACGAACAGGCAGUGCACUUUGCAGGGAGCUGGCAUCAUUCGCAGAUGAAUAUAGGAAACUUGCAGUUGAUUGCCUGAAAGUGUUGCGCAUUGAGAUGCAGCUGGAAACUAUUUUUCAUAUGCAGGAAAUGAAUAGUAGGGAAUACGUGGAUGACCAAGAUGCAGAAGAGCCAGAUGACUUCAUAAUUUCACUAACUGCACAGAUUACACGUCGGGAUGAGGAAAUGGCGCCUUUUGUUGCAGCGGCCAAGAGAAAUUACAUAUUUGGUGGAAUUUGUAGCAUUGCUGCAAAUGCGUCUAUCAAGGCUUUAGCUGAUAUGAAAUCAAUCAACCUUUUUGGGGUUCAGCAGAUUUGUCGGAAUACUAUUGCUCUGGAGCAGGCUCUUGCAGGUAUUCCAUCUAUUGAUAGUGAAUCCGUGCAACAGAGAUUAGAUCGUGUCAGGACAUAUUAUGAGCUUCUUAAUAUGCCGUUUGAGGCACUCCUCGCUUUCUUAACAGAGCACGAACAUUUCUUUACGUCUGCGGAGUACUCGAAUCUUCUGAAGGUCCAGGUCCCAGGAAGAGAGAUCCCUUUCGACGCACAAGAUCGGGUGUCCGACAUAUUAUCUGCAUAGCCAUUACAUUCAGAACUCUUAAGAACGCCAAAGAAGUGGCGCUUUCAGGUAUCGAAGUUUUCCUGAUCCCUAAUAUAUCUGGGCGCCCAGGAACAGUCCCCAUGUACAAAGCUCUCAUCUUAUUAGUAGGAAUCCACUCUCGUCUCCACCUUGCUGUGGUAAAUUUUGUCCCUUGUUCUGUCGCUUUGGUUUCUCAUUGUUUGUGGCAUGCCAUCGGUUCUCGUCCACUCUCGGCAUUUCGCAUUCUCUGAGCUUCGGUUAUUUGCUGUGUAAUAUGUGUUCCGUUUUACCUGUUUUUAUUCGGAGGCAGCGUAGUGUGAUGAUGGUUGAUUCUUGUUAUUGCUUGAUGAGGACACUGACCGAGUAUGGUGUAAAAUCAUGUUAUUAUUGAUUAUUGAUUUUGUAAUUAUUUCUAUAUAAAUAUCCGUCCCUCAAUCA